AUAUUAUGUGGGCUGGACACCAAACACACCACAGUUCUGAAGACUAUAACUUAUCCACAGCAUUGAGACAAUCUGUCAUCCAGAUAUAUACUUCCUGGAUUUUCUACUCUCCCCUGGCCCUCUUCAUACCACCUUCAGUGUAUGCUGUUCAUCUGCAGUUCAAUCUACUCUACCAAUUUUGGAUCCACACAGAGGUUAUCAGUAACCUGGGUCCUUUGGAACUCAUCCUUAAUACUCCUAGUCACCACAGGGUUCACCAUGGCAGAAAUCGUUAUUGUAUAGACAAAAAUUAUGCUGGCACUCUUAUUAUUUGGGAUAGAAUUUUUGGGACAUUUGAAGCAGAGAAUGAACAAGUUGCAUAUGGUCUUACACAUCCUAUUAAUACAUUUGAACCAUUCAAGGUGCAGUUCCACCAUUUGUUUUACAUAUGGACUACAUUCUGGGCCACACCUGGAUUCUUUCAUAAGCUUUCUGUCAUAUUUAAAGGGCCAGGAUGGGGUCCAGGUAAACCAAGACUUGGACUAAGUGAAGAAAUCCCAGAGAUUACAGGAAAAGAAGUCCCCUUUUCAUCAUCAGCUUCCCAACUACUGAAGAUAUACACAGUUGUACAGUUUGCUCUGAUGCUGGCCUUUUAUGAAGAGACCUUUGCAAAUACACCUGCGCUGUCACAGGUAACUCUCCUCCUGAGGGUUUUCUUCAUUAUCCUGACCUUGACUUCCAUUGGAUUUCUUCUGGACCAAAGGCCCAAGGCAGCAAUUAUGGAAACUCUCCGUUGCUUGAUGUUCCUUGUGCUAUGCAGAUUUGGUCACUUAAAGCCACUUGUCCCAUCCUUGUCAUUUGUUUUUGAGAUUUAUUUUUCCAUUUGCAUUGCUUUCUGGGGAGUAAGAAGCAUGAGACAACUUGCCUCCGGCCCGUGGAAAUAACCUAAGUGUACACAGUUCUCUUUUUUUAAUCAGUUAUCCACAACUACAAUACAUAUGGAAAUGUAAUUAU